CAGUGCACAGCAUGCAAUCGCACAAGAAGCACGUGUACCGAACCAAAACAAAAUUCGGAGCAUAACUUUAUCCCCGGAGAUGCUCUCUCGCGCAUCCUCUCGCAAUCCUUAUCACCUACGCAACAGCAUGUAAUGCCCUUCGCGCUGUCAAAAACUAAAAAUUAUCCUGCUGUGAAUUGUGUCAAAUGGAAAAGAAAGUUCUACUAGUAAUCAUAACAUUCACCUAAAUCGAAGAGGAAAAUUGCCAACAAACUGUACUUUACUAGAACAAAACUUAUCCAAAGUAGUGUAUUUGCAAUGAAACAUUGAUAGAGUUCAAAAUAGCUGUGAAAUUAACGAGCAAACAUUCCCUUGAAGCCUUCAAUUCCAGUUCUGCAAACGAACAGCAAUAACGCGACGAUACUAUAGACAGUAGCAUCAUCAAAACAUUGUUAAGCCAUAUAGAUUUUAGUCAAUCAUAGCAAAAUUGAUUCACACGGGACCAAUCGGACGAAGAUGAGCAAGAAGCCACCCUCGCAACGCUGCUAAGGAACAAAGAAUCAUCCGCUUCCAUCAAUCGCUCUAUUCCCCUAGUACCUACUAGAAGGAAGGGGGUCGGGUGCCAAAGGAGGAAGUGAAAGAGGAAAGUCGGGAGAACCAUGAAACGGCAAAACAUUCGAACACUUUCGCUGGUGGUGUGCACGUUCACUUAUCUCCUGAUAGGAGCGGCCGUAUUUGAUGCCCUCGAGUCGGAAACAGAAGCCCGACGGUGGGAGUUUUUGAAGAAUGUCAAAGCCACCUUCGUGGCCAAGUACAACAUAACCCCGGAGGACUACCACAUGAUCGAGAUCGUCAUCACGGAGAACAAACCGCACAAAGCGGGACCGCAGUGGAAGUUUGCCGGAGCAUUUUACUUUGCCACCGUGGUGCUAGCCAUGAUCGGUUACGGUCACUCGACACCGGUGACCAUCGGUGGCAAAGCCUUCUGCAUGGCCUACGCGAUGGUCGGCAUUCCCCUGGGGCUGGUCAUGUUCCAGAGCAUCGGUGAACGACUGAACAAGUUCGCUUCCGUUGUCAUACGGCGAGCGAAAAAGUACCUCCGCUGUCAGCAAACGGAAGCGACCGAGAUGAAUCUGAUGUUGGCUACCGGGUUGCUGUCGUCGGUCAUCAUCACGACUGGCGCUGCAGUCUUCUCCAAAUACGAGGGAUGGUCCUACUUUGAUAGUUUCUACUACUGUUUCGUUACAUUAACGACAAUUGGAUUCGGGGACUACGUGGCACUGCAGAACGACCAAGCUUUGAUCAACAAGCCGGGAUACGUAGCCCUGAGCUUGGUAUUUAUCUUGUUCGGACUGGCCGUCGUAGCUGCCAGCAUCAAUUUGCUGGUACUGAGAUUCAUGACCAUGAACGCCGAAGACAUCCGGCGGGACGAAGCCGAAAUGCAAUCGUCGGUGGAUGGCCUGAACUACGAAUGCGAAUCCACCGGGAAGCUACUCUCCUGUGCCAACCUGAACAACUACUGUUCGGAAAUCGAAGAGGAAGACACGUCGGUGUGCUCCUGCACCUGUUUGGGUGGGAACAGCUUCACGACGCAUGAGAACGAGUUUCUGCUCGAUCAGGGUUACCAUCCGGCCGAUAUCAUUACCAGUACCAUAAGCCUGAAGCGAAUGUCGAUAUGAAUAACCUAAUUGCCAAAUUUGAAUUUAAACAAAUAGCUAGUAGAUUAUUCCCAUUUUCGGCGAGUUCAAAACAAAAUUUGAAUUUAACGGAACUCCGGCAUCUGGAGUCCGAACUUAUAGGACGCAUAGAAUCGACCGAAAGGGCCAUCAGAACCAAUAAUAUUCCACUAAAAUACGAUAUAAAAAUUUCAAUAUCCUUAGACAUAAGUUACGUGCUACAUUCUAAAUUGCUGUACAAUUUCAUCGU